UGUGUGAAAUUAUGAUUUAAUUCAGUUAGAAUAAUAAACCCGGAAGAACCAAACCAGAUUAGCGUCGUUAGUGAUCACCGGCGUGCAUUGAUCAUUUUGGGGCCCUCAGCAGCAUGCUGUGCCCCGCAGGCCUCCGUGCGUCAGGUGUCUGGGUAAUAAUUGACAGAUUUUGGAGAGGCUUGCAGGAGUUCACCGCUGGCUGACUGACUACUCCGCGCACGGCUCAUUUUUAAGCCUCCAAGCAUGGCAAGGUGAGGCUCAGUCACAUCAGGAACCAUGGGCGCGCUUUUCGCCCUCUUGACGUUUCUCCUUCUCGGCUCCGCGGCCGCGAAGCCGCACGCUGGGUUAAAGACGUGGGGCCGCUUCAGCAAGCUCCCCUACCCCGGAGACAAGGUUUUCCUCUAUGACACCUUCCCCGGGGACUUCAUAUGGGCGGUGGGCACGGCGGCGUACCAGGUGGAGGGGGCGUUCGAGAAGGACGGCAAGGGGCUCUCCAUCUGGGACACCUUUACGCGCGGCGGGAACCGCAUGGCCACCGGGGACGUGGGCAGCGACAGCUACCACAACGUCCACGCAGACAUCCGAGCCAUCCGCCAGCUGGGGGUGAGCCACUACAGGUUCUCCCUGUCCUGGUCCAGGAUCUUCCCGAACGGGACGCGCGGAAGCUACAACGAGGUGGGCACCAACUACUACCGGACGCUCAUCAAGAAGCUGAAGGAGAUCCGCGUCCAGCCGGUGGUCACCCUGUACCACUGGGACCUACCCGAGCAGCUCCAGCAGAGCCUGGGCGGCUGGAGCAACCCGGAGCUGGUGGAGAUCUUUAAGGACUACGCCGAUUUCUGCUUCCAAGCCUUCGGGGAUGACGUGAAGUUCUGGAUCACCAUCGAUAACCCGUUUGUGGUGGCGCAGCACGGAUACGGAACCGGGGUGGUCGCGCCCGGGAUAAAGAACGACCCCGAUCUCCCAUAUCGGGUCGGACACAACUUGCUCAAGGCCCAUGCAGCUGCGUGGCACCUCUACGACCGCUGCUAUCGGCCCCGGCAGCAGGGGAAACUCUCCAUGGCGCUGGCCUCUCACUGGAUCAAGCCCCGCCGCACCCGGCUGGAGAGCCUGCGGGAGUGCCAGUGCUCCCUGGACCACGUCCUGGGCUGGUUUGCCCGGCCGCUGUUCACGGACGGCGACUACCCUCCCUGCAUGAGGGAGCGGCUCGGCUCGCGCCUGCCCUCCUUCACCCAGGAGGAGAGGGAGCAGGUGAGAGGGACGGCCGACUUCUUUGCCCUCUCUCACGGAGCAACGCUGAGCUUCCAGCUCAUCAACGACAGCCUGAAGUUCGGGCAGCUUGAGGAUCUGGACCUGAGGAUGCUGCUCUACUGGGUCAACGCGGAGUACGACAAGCCCCCCAUCUUUGUGGUGCAGAGUGGUUGGUACGUCCUUGGGAACACCAAGACGGAAGACCCGAAACACAUGUACUACCUCAAGAGGUUCAUCGCGGAGACCCUGAAAUCAAUCAUCAAAGACGGAGUGAACGUGAUUGGAUACACCGCCUGGUCUCUCAUCGACGGCUUUGAGUGGCACAGAGAAUAUGGCAUCCGCCGCGGUCUGUACUAUGUUGACUUCAACACUCCUGACAUGAAGAGGGAGCCAAAGACAUCGGCCACCUUCUACAGAAAUGUCAUCCAUAAGAAUGGCUUCCCUGAACUUCCAGAGAACAGACCAGCACAGGGAAUGUUCCCGUGUGAUUUUGCAUGGGGUGUGUCUGCCAACUCCAUCCAGGUGGAGACCACGCCCACCCAGUUCGCGGACCCCAAUAUUUACCUGUGGAACAUCUCCAACAACGGAGAGCUGAUCAAGCUGGAGGGCUUCAGCACGUCACCUGUGCACAGAGCCAGGCACUGUGCCGAUUACGCCACCAUCUGGCAACAGGUGGAUGAAAUCAGGCAGGUGGGGGUAAACCACUUCCACUUUUCCCUCAACUGGUCUGCUCUGGUGCCUAACGGUGAUGUGGCUUAUCCCAACACCACCCUGCUGGGAUAUUACCGCUGCUUUACGCGUCAGCUGGUGCAGGCCAACGUCACGCCUGUUGUCACCCUGUGGCACCACACGCGCCAGCGCAGCAGCCUGCCUACCCCACUCGACACUGCUAACAGGUGGCUCAACAGCAAGACACCACAGUCCUUUGCAGAGUAUGCCAGGCUUUGUUACAGAGAACUGGGGGCUCACGUGAAGAUGUGGAUCACCUUGAACGAACCCAACGAUGAGAUGGUGAGCUAUCAGGAGGGCCACGAGAUGCUGCGGGCACACGCUCUGGCCUGGCACGUGUACGACCUUGAGUUUAGACCCACGCAAGGAGGUCAGGUGUCUCUGGCUCUGCACAUGGACUGGGUGGAGCCGGCGUUUUCCUUCAGCCGAGAGGACGUGGAGCCGGCUAAAAGGGUUUUAGAUUUCUACGUCGGCUGGUUUGCUGAGCCGGUCUUUGGCAGCGGCGAUUAUCCCGUAGGAAUGAGGAGCUGGCUGCGACAGCUCAACUCACUCGAACUGCCUGUUUUCAAAGAGGAGGACAGACAGCUGAUUAGAGGGACGUAUGACUUCUUUGCUAUGAGUCACUUCAGUACCAAGCUUGUGACUCAUGCCAAGGAAGACUCCUACACCUACACGGAGAUGCUGGAAGUCCAGCACAUGAUAGACACGACAUGGAUCAUGUCGCCCAGGCCCGUGGUGCCCUGGGGCCUGAGGAAAGCUCUAAACUGGGUAAAGCAGCACUACAGCGAUGUGCCCAUCUAUAUAAUGGCUAACGGAGUCCAGGAAGACCCGGCUCGUUUCAAAGACGCCCUGCGGGUUUAUUACCUGUACAACUACAUUAACGAGGCGCUUAAAGCUUUUACCCUGGAUGGUAUAAACCUGAAGGGCUACUUCGCCUACGCCCUGAACGACCAAAGAGACCCGGGCUUCGGCCUUUACGGUCAGGUCCACCAGGAGGUCAUCGUCAAGGCUUCGCUGUCCAACUACCGCAACAUCAUCCAGCACAACGGCUUCCCCAUCCCAGGAGCUCCUCAGCAGCAGUGCCCCGCUCCGCCGCCGGCCUGCCCGGGCUGCCACGUUCUCAUCAAGGGGCCCGUCGUGGGCUUCUUGACUCUGGUGGGCUCGGGAGUGCUGAUCACGCUGGGCCUCAUCAUUUACUACACCGCCAAGAGACACAAGGAGUAUUACUGAGGAAAGGAUGCAGAUUUUACUGUGAUGUAACGACAGGAUGGCAGGUCCAUGGGGCCCAAUCAGCUUUCUGGGUGUUAAGGUUACCUAAAUGUCCAGGGUCACUCUUGGCGAUGGACGCGGGACUAUGUGGAGCCUCUAAAUUAAAGCAGGUUCUGAUAUUUAAGGAUGCCUCCGUACAACUAUAUCAGAAAGGUUUAACUAUAACUAAACUAAUCCUGCCUCUAAGAAACAUAAGUGAGACCUUAUCAACGUAUUAAAUAUUAUUGGUGUGUUGGUGUAGAGAGAAACAUCUAAAUUAGGUGUGAAUGUUUGCUUUAUCUUAAAAUGUAAAUUAU